AUGUCAUUACGCUUCAAGAGUACCAGAGACAGUCCUAGCACGCCCAACCGCAAGGCGAACCGUUCGCUCGCGACGCAACCAUCCACCACCCCUGCUGGUCCUCCUCCGACAUGGUUAACCAACCAAUCCACCACACCAGGCGACCCCCCACCACGCAAGUUGUUCGGCAGCUCCUUCAACCCUGCAAACAACACAUUCGGCCCGCGAGGCAACACCCCUGCCCGUAGAGGCUUUACUGUACCUGAGAGUAGCCCCCUACAGGACGGAGAUGAAGAUGAAGGUGAGGAUGCAGAGGGCGAGGAUGCCGAGGAAAUGGACGGAGUACAAGAUCAGUCUCGCCUGAUACCUCCGCCAACCGAGCAAAGCGCGUUUCUUAGCUCCUUCAUGAGCAGUCCCCGCGGCUUGAAACGGAGCAGGAACGGACAAGUCAGGGAGCAGAGGCCGGAAAGCGACUACCCUGCAAUCGCAAGAGGCAUCACGAGUCAUGCUCGGCUGGCAGUGCUAUCCGAAUCCGACGAUCUGCUUCUGUCGGAGGAGGAAGUGUUGUCGGAAAUGAUGGCACGUCGAGACAACCUUUCUUCCGCGCAGGAAGGUGCAACACGGCUUGCAAAGCUAUGGGCCAAGCACAGCGAUUCGACGACUCGCGAAGGCAAAAUCGGCCCAGCAGUUGACGAUCCAAUAACGAAGGCCAACUAUCUUGCCGCCCUUCUAUUACAACUGCACCACCCGCACACGGUAGGGCAAGCAAAGCCACCAGGCGCUCAGUCUUGGGAUGCAUUGUCCAGAAAACCUGCGAGUAGCGCAUGCUCUGUGCCACGUGCGCUUCUGGACUGGCUCGACCUGUACCACAACCCCUUUCCGGACGACUUCAGGACGGUGCUCGACCAUCAGCCUAAUCCCUCGCAUCACGAGCGCUUCUGGGAUACGAUCUAUGUCUGUCUCACUCGCGGCAGGUUUCAGCAAGCCAUCCAGCUUCUACGAGAAGCGGGCUGGGAGAACGCAGCGACCGCCGAGGAGGAUGGACGGCCCGAUGGGUACAGUGACAGGCAGCUUGAUAAUAUCGAGGAAGUCGCUGAGCGAUUCGCACGAGUCUUACAGGCUUCGCCAGCUGUUCAAUAUGACGACUGGGAUGUUAAGGGCAAUGACUGGCAAGUUUAUAGGCAGAGUGUUUUUACGGCAGUGAAAGACUUGGAGCAGUUUGCUGGAGACGAAAAUGACGAGGCUGGAGCUCUUACCAAAUCCGGCCGCAACCUCUUCAGCGUUUCUGCCGCUAGCAAAAUAGCGGAAAGCAGGAUUCCAUGGAGCGUCUACACCAAUAUCAAGCUGAGCUACGACAUCCUGCUAGGGCGAGCCGAGGAAAUCAUGGACGCCUCCCAGGACUGGCUGGAGGCAAGCAUCUACAUUACUGCAUGGUGGGACGGUGACAGUAGUGAAGCGGGCAGUCUUGGGCUCAGCCGCGCUAGCCUUCGCAGAAGCUUGACCGCAAGCCAGAAAGCGCGCGAAGUCGAUGUUACACCGACAGCCGCGUAUCGGAAGCACUUGGCUGAUGCUUUCACGUACGUAACGGACACCGAGGAUCCGCUCUUUUUGCCGGAUCCUAUGGAUGAUAUUCACGUGGGGUUGGGGUGUAUCAUGGCUGGCGACGUUGAGAGCGUCCUCGGGCUCCUUCGGACGUGGAGCUUACCAGUCACUGUGGGCGUGCUAGACGUUGCAUCGAACGGGGACUGGCUAUCAAAACGAGGACGGCACAGUCAAGCUCUGCUUGAUCAGGGCUUUAGCAGCGAAGAUCUCAUGGUGCUCAGUCAUGGGCCCGACAGGCAGCUUCACCAGAUGCCAAGUCAAGUUGACAGGGAUGAGGUGCUGAUUGAGUAUGCUGAUCAUCUUGCGAGGAAGGAUGUGCUUCGGAGCAGCAAUGGUGUUGAGCGUGAGGGCUGGGAGCUGGCGGUCUCUGUCCUUGGACGCAUGCCUAACGAAGAGGCCGCGCAACAUAAGGUUGGUGAAAUACUUCAGAAACUGGAGGUUAAGGAAGACGCCAGGGUCGAUAAGAUAUUGCGAGCAUGUCUAGAUCUGGGUCUCGCGGAAGAGGCUCGGGCUAUUUCAGAGCGAUAUGCUGACUCACUUACCAACUCGACCCAAUCCUACGGCUCAGCGUUGAUCUACUAUGCUCGAGCUAACGCCACCGACAAGCUGAAGAAUACGCUCGCGCUCCUGACAUCUUUGUGCCUCCUGCACUCGGCCGCGGUACCUUCCAAAGCAGAUCUGGAUCCACAGCUCGCUUCCCUGCUUAGUAAUGACCGCUCCGCUCUUAUUACCCUCGGACAGACGGACGGCGAGGCGGUGAGUACCUUGCAGGCACAUCUUAGCGGCUACGCGCUCCUGCGGACCUUCUACGAUGUUCGCGAUCAGAUUGCGACUGGAACGACUCUCAAGCGACCCCUUGAACGCAUGCGAAAAGCGGCCGAAGCGCUCAUCUGUGUUCUCGAAAGCGCGUCAUCCUGCAUCCAUGGUGGCCUUUUCGACCCAGAGAUAGAGUCUGUAGUGCCAGUCGAUGGCGUGCUGGCACUGCUCGGCGAAGCUCUUCCGUUACUAGGGCAACCCAAACGCCUGUUUAAGAAGGACCAGGUCUUCACCCUUCUACGCAUUGCAGAGGAUUUCUCGACCGUCUCUGGUCGAAUACGGGAGAAUGCCGAAAGCUUGUUAAAAGCGUCUGUCUCGACAUAUCGAGGCGAUUCGCCUGAGUCGUCUUGGUCUAUGCUUAAGAAGUCCAAAAGUGACCUGGGCAGUGCUAGCGGUCCUGGAGGACUAGGCGGGAGCAGUUGGGAUUUGCUUGCUGAGUCUGUCAUGCGACCAAGGGAAGAGAGCGAUGCAAACGGCAAGAGCGCAUCGGGCGUGCAAAGAGGGUGGGAUUGGAGGCAAGGUCUUGAUGGCAUUGAAAGUGGUGCGGAUGUUGGCGCAAAGGAGGUGCUAAUGCUGGUGAGGGUCGCCUUGGCAAAAGAGGUGGCACGAGGCUGGACCGGCGAGAUCAGGUGGGCGAUUGAUUAG